GUUGACAGACAUUUGGAAAAGUUUGUUUUUAAGUGGAGACACUAACGUUACUCUAUUAUACCCAAAGACUUAAAAGUAUUUUUUUUUUCAAAUUAAUGAAAAGCGAGUCAAGGGUAGAAGCAGGGUGAUUUCAGUCAACAUCUGUGGAGACGCCCAUCGCCUCACCGCGGACCCAGAUUUAUAGUGAGGAUUUUAUUGGCAGUUAAAACUUUGCUUCGAGUCAAGGUUAACAGAACGACCUGCAGCAGUGCCGUUAAAGUACCGUUGACGUUACAUACUUAACGUUACACCGGUAAAUAUGAAGAGUCCCGGAUACGAGUACAAUAUUUUUAGAAGAGAAAAGAGGACACUCUUCUCAUAAGGUGUGAGAAAAUACUGAGAAGAUGGCAAAAAAUAAAAACAUUGGAGGGCGUCUUUUUCGCUCUUCCAUGUACAAGACAAAAAAGGCUGGCUCCCAGACUGCAGGGAGCAAGGACCUGACACCUUUGGAGAAGCCAGCCGAUGAUGACAUCCCUGCUAUUUCUCCAGAGCUCCAGACCACCGGUGAAGGUCAGCUGGGCUUUCCAGACAGAGUCUACCUGCUGGCGUCAGUCAUCUUCCAGAAGAACCACCUGGAGAAGCCCGCUGCACACCGGUUGGUGAAUUAUGGCAAAGAAAAAGGGCUCUCCUUACCUGAAGUCAAAAAUGAGGAGAUGCAACGUACAUCUUAUGAGCUGGCCUUCAAUACACUUAAAUAUCAAGAUCUGCUGGAGGACAUUCUUAUUGACAGCUGCUUUUACCUCACUCAGCCAAUGCCAGAUGAUCAGAUGAGCCUUGUUGCCGUGAUGCUCUAUGACUUCCAGGACAGAAAAUUCUUCCCUCGGGAACGCCAAGGGGAGGACGAGAUCGUACAAGAAGUUAGAGAUGUGGAGAGCUACCUCCUCAGGUUUAAAACCAAGCUGGCAGCCUCUCUGGCCCGCUGCAGGAUCAAACAUGAUCUCUUGUCCAUUGAGUGUAUCCUGCCGGAGAGCGUGAAGAUGAAGCAGGAGAGAUCAAGCAGCCUUCCACUCUACGCAUGGAUCAACACACACAGGAGCAGCCUUGACGAGGUCCGAAGUGUGCUGAAGCGUGCAGGCUUCUCCCAGGUGAAAUCGAUUGGGCAGCUGGAAGACCAGACCUUCUGCCAGGAUCCCCACUGUGGGGAUCUACUGGUGUUCCCUGCUCAGCUGAAAGCUCAGCUGUACACCACCAAGCUGCUUAGCAACCACAAACUCAUCAUCCAGGAUAAAUCCUGCACCCUGGGCCCAUACGCAGCGUGCUCCCUGCUACCAGAGGAAGGAGAUGUUCUUAUGGUGGGCUGCUUCUCUGGCCUCACUGUCUCCCACACGGCCUCCCUAAUCGCAGAGAAGCAGAAAGCCAACAGCAACUACCAGCCCACAGUCUACAUUUGUGUCAGCGAUCGUACAAACGCUGAGAGGGAGGAGCUGCAGCAGACCGUCACUGCAAUGGGCUGCAAGAAUGUGAAGCUGAUAUCAGAGGUCUUCCAGUCUUUGGACAGCGGUGACAAGCGACUACAGAGGGUGCGCGUUGUCCUGUUAACCCCCAAGUGUUCUGUGUCUGCAGUCAGCAACCCGGUCGACUUUAUACUGCAAGAGAAGGGAGACACAGAACUGCUGCAGGACUUAUCCCAGGGCUCCAUAGCCCAGAGCAAACUGGAAGCUCUGGUAGCCCAACAGAGGAAGGAAAUUGAUCAUGCCUUGAAGUUCCCUAAGGUUUUGGCAGUGGUGUACUCUACCUGUUCUUCAUACCAAGAGGAGAACGAGGAGGUGGUGAGCAGAGCCCUGGAGCAAGCAAAGGCCCGCUCAGAGCAGGAGGGGGAACCAAAACAAGCAAACUUCAGGCUUAGUCCAUCCCCGUUCAGCAAUCCUGACCAUGCCGAGGCUCCAGAGGAAACAGACCCCUUCUUCAUGUUGGAGCCCUCAGAACAGAGCAAUGGCUGCUUCCUGGCUGUUCUCAGCAGAGAGCCCGAGCCAGUGGUCAAAGAGGCACCACAUGACGUGCUUCUCAGGGCAAAUGCUAAAGGCAUACUGGACAGGAUCGGCUCCAAAAAGCUAACAAGAAAAGAGCAGCAUGGACACCCCAACAGGAUGGCAAAAACUACUCAUGCACGCAGCUCUCAGUCCCACCUCUCUGUCAGUAUUCAGUCCAAAAACCAAGAGACCAAGGGCAGCAACAGCACUACUUUGUGUGGACAUCUGGAAUUUACGAACAGCCGGCAGUCAUUACAAGGAAAAGCCAAAGCAGUGUGCCUGCAGUCCUCAAAGAACACCGUGUCCAGCUCCUUCUCUUCCUCCAAACCAGAAAACAGCGCAUCCAAGAAAAGCAUCCCCCCUGUUUUGAGCAAUACAACUUCCAACACCACUCUGCAUCCCGUCCCUCCCCCGGCUACCCCGGUUGUCCGUCCCCGCAGAGCUCAUCAGGAGGUGCUGAAGCCUGUGGUACUCGUCCUGCCUCCCGUUCACUUCCCCGACUUCUUCCCACUUCAGCAAAGGCGACCAGGACGCCGCCCCGGCUUUAACUACAGCCAGUGGAGGCCCACAGCUCAUAGCGUACCCCGCUCCCGCUCCAGUGUCAGUCUCUCCAAGGAUGCUAUGGUCAAAUCCCGGCCUUUGUUUUAA